AUGUGGAGAUCUGUAAAGAGGGGAAGGAGGGGGCGACUCCGACACUCAAGACCGAUCAUAUGUAGCACUCCAGAAUCAGAAGCAUUGCCUCCGGCAAAUAAUUUACGAGAUGAGGUGGACCCAAAUGAAUCAACUCAAGCAGUAGGAGGUGCAGACGUACAAGAGUGCAAUCAAGCAGCACAGGGUGGAGAGGGGAAUAUUAAUACAGAUCCACCUAUUCAGAAACGGGGUCGAGGGACUGCACGGGGCACACUAUUUGAACGCCUUCGGAAGGUGGGUAAGAUUCCUUUGGAUAUAAAGGAUGGCCAUCGAGGUCCUUCAUGCGAGAAUGCCUCCAUCUUCACUGGUCAAGUUACAUGGAUCGUUAAAGUAUAUGCCGACAUGAGGCAUGAAAGUUGGAGUUACGUACCUGAGGAGGAGAAACAAGAGUUGGUUGACCGGGUUAGGGCUGAUUUUGUAUUGGAUUGGGGGAAAGACAACCAUCGGGAAAUGGUUGUGUUGCAUUUGUCCGACAAGUAUAAUGCAUAUCAUUAUGAACUGCACAAAAUCUACCAAAAAUAUGGAUCGCAUGAGGAGGCCAUGCGUGGUGGGACACCCAUGGUGGAGAAACCUGUUUGGGAGUUGCUUUGUGAGAGGUGGGCAAGCAAGACAUUCAAGAAUAUCAUGGUGGAGAGAUUGAAUGAAAAAGAUCCCGAUGAGGACUAUGAAGAAGCGGCGGCUGACAUUGUGAAAGACGUGUUAGGGUUCAAAUCAGGGUAUGCGCAGGGGAUGGGGCACAUGGUCAUUCCUGACCCCUCUCCUUCAAUGAAGAAGAACAAAGCUUAUAUGCGUCUAGCGGAGGAAAAUGAACGGAAUAAGGGCGAGGCGGAAAUGUACAAGGCCAGACUAGACCAGAUGAUGGCAGAUAUUGUGGCAAUGAGGAGGAAUUUUUCUGAAUACGAGAAAGAAAUGAACUUUCGGGUAUCGGAGUUGGAGCAAAAUACUGAGUCUCAUAGAGAGACUCAGCAGGAUGCAUAG